CGCUGAGGCCGCACAGACCGGACAAUUUGAGCGCAGCUACGCACAAGAGCCAGAUCAAAGAUGCUGCUGUGGAUUCUCAUCCUGUGCCUCCAGUCAACCAGAGGCCAGCCGUCAUCAGACAUUAUCACACCGGGUCCUGCCUCGGGCAUUGUAUUGAGAGAGCAACCGGGACUCCUGAUCACGAAUUGUCGGACGUACACCCAGAAAGUAUACGUUCGACUCGACCCCCGCAACGUCUACAGAGCACACUACCCCCGCGCAGUAGCCCAGUACAGCUGGGCCGGUGCCCGUUGGACAGAGGAUUCCCUCCAGCACGCCGAGGCCGAUGUCAAGCACAUGCUCAACCAACUUGAGAAGAUGACUGUUACCCAGGCGGAACUAGGUGGACACAACCGCCGCCCCAAACGUUUCCUGGGAGCGCUGCUCGGAGCCGCCGCUGCUGUGGGAACUCUGUUCAACAUUGGUAUGUCCAGUGUCAAUGCAGUAAAUAUAGCCACUGUGAGACGGCAUGUGGCUGAAAUUCAGACUGAACUUCCACAGCUAAAAGAGCAACUCACUACACAGAGUGCAUCCUUGCAAACCAUUGGAAAGACUUUGAAAGGAACGGUGGUCAUUCUCAACACCCACAGCGUGCUUUUGAACCAGACCAUGAACUCCAUGAAACAGCUGUUCACUGUGUUCCAGAAUGACUUUGCCCAAACGCAGCUGGUCACAGCAUUAAUGACUGACAUGCUACGGGAAGUGAGUUCUUCCAUCGACAGUCUAGCCAUGGGAAGAAUUCCACCAUACCUGAUACCCCUAAGCUUGGUGCAAGAUGUGCUGGCUUCCGCCAUCACCACACCCACUGAUCCUAUGCAAAUCCACCUUGCCUACUCUCUAGGUAGUGCUAUUCCCCUUUACGUGGAUCCUGAGCAGAAGGAGAUGAGUUUCCUCCUGAACUUACCCAUCAUAGAGUCAAGCCGAAUCUACAGACUCAAAGACAUUGUUAAUGUGGGGUUCUGGAAGGAUAACACUCAUAUCAAGAUACGUACCCCUGAGGUGGUGGCGUACCAUGACAGCAACACCCAGCUGUACUUAGCCCCAAACCUGCACAUGUGCACCCUAACUAAAGACAUUCACUACCUCUGCCCCAGCAAACCAUUUCUCAGAGACAAUACUGAUGGAAUCUGCGGUUGCAACCCAUGAUCAGCGACACGCGUUGCCCUGCCGAUGCCCAGCCUCGCAGCCACGUCACCGAGACGCAAGCUGAGAUUGUAGGUGAUAGAUGGCUCGUUAACACUCCAGUACGUACCGCUACACUGACCUACGACCAGCAUGACACAGCCACCCGUGUCAAUCUGCUCGACCAGAGCAUGUGGAUUCAAGUCCCACGAGGGGCCAUCCUCCACCUCGACGAUCUGGCCUUAUACCAUCUCCGAGUGAAGAGUACCAAUCAGAACUAGAAAUCCCAUCCUUCUUCAAGAACUACAACUUCACCCUAGGUCCGGAGUUGGAACUGUGGAUUGAAAAAGG